AUGUCUAUACAACCAUUGCCUUCAGAUGUAAUAGCACAAAUAAAAUCCUCUUCAACUAUUACCACUCUUAAUGGUGUCAUCUUUGAGCUUGUCAAGAAUUGUUUGGAUGCUUCUUGCUCUAGGAUUGAGAUUGAUGUAGACUAUAGCCGUGGAAGUUGUAUAGUAGAGGACAAUGGGCUUGGUAUAUUACCAUCAGAAUUUGGGGAAAAUGGAGGGUUGGGAAAGCUCUAUCAUUCUUCGAAGCUAAAUGUCUCGAAUCCAACUCAUGGGGGCCAUGGAACGUUUAUUGCCUCGUUAUCUGCUUUGUCCUUACUCUCAAUUACUUCGCAUCAUCAUCUGCACCACUCGCACAAUUCAAUACAUAUGCAUAGAUCCGAUAUUGUAUCACGUCAAAUCCCAGCCCCGGAUCAACAUCAUCUUGCUUUUUUUGAACACGGUACACGCGUUACUGUCCGGAAUCUGUUCGGCAACAUGCCAGUACGCGUAAAACAGAGAGCCAUCGCUUCUGGAAACCGGCAGGUUACCGCUCAGAUGUGGGAUGCUUUACGUAGAGACAUUGUCUCACUCUUGCUAGCAUGGCCGAAAGAUAUUUCGGUGUCUAUAAAAGAAACUGGUAUUGACCAGAAAAUUACCAUCCGAAGGUCUCUGGCAACAUCUGAAUGGCGCCCAGUUGGAACUGUUGAUCUGUUCAAUACUUGUAGUAUACUCUCCAAAGCCUCAUAUAUCGCAAUUGAUGAAAAGCCAUCUUGGAUACCAGUGAGUGGCUCUACGUCAAGCUUGAUUGUCAAUGGCGCGAUUUCUUUGAUCCCAAAUGCAACCAAGCACAUUCAGUUUCUAGCAUUUGGGAUAGAACCUCUGAUUUCUCAAGACAGCUGUCAUUUCAUCUAUGAAGAAAUCAAUCGUUGGUUUCUCAAUUCCUCGUUUGGAAAUCAAGAGGAGGCAAAUGAAAUUGAUGAAACCGAAUUGAAAAGGAGAUCUAAGGACAGAAGGUUUAAGGGCGAUGGGUACACCAACAAAGAGCUCAAAGCAGGGAAGAAGAAUGUUGAUCGAUGGCCAAUGUUUUACAUCAAUGUUCACCAAGCCGAUCCAUUGAAGCAUGCAAGAUUGAAAGUUGACGACGUGUUAGAUGAGAAGCGGAAUACUCUUGACAAGAUUUUGGAAUUGUUGCAAGCGAUUGUAUUAGAAUUUCUAACCAGGAAUCAUUUCCGGCCAAAACUGGCACGCGGGGAUCGCACUAAGAGAUCAGAAUUAGCCACUUCAUCAACGAAUUCGGAGAUUUUGGAGCAAAGUGGAUCAACUGAGACUAAUCAAUCUUGUCAAGAUGUGAACACUUUCUCAACUACGCCGGAGUCUUCUCCUGAUGCCGAUGAGAAUUACAGCCAAAAAAGAGUAAGAAUAGAUACGCUGGGAACGAAAGUAAAGCUUCCUUCUUUUCGUCGGUCGCAUUCCGCAUCUGCUUCCCUUUUUGGGUCUUGGUCAAAAAUCAAAACAGGGAUUGGACAACCACAUAGAAAGUUUACAGAUAUGCCAGAAAAUUCUAGUACACCAGUAAAAGUUAGCUCGAAGGUGGAUGUGCGAGCAGAGACACCUUUGAUUUCCAAAUCAGGCCACUUGACUCGAUGUCCUUUCGAAGAAAGUCAAGCUCCAAUUUCCAAAGCAACACCGCUCACUGAUAACGUGCAAGAAUCAGAUGGCAGUGGAGAUGAACUGGCUGUAUGGGUCAAUCCUGUAAAUAAGGUCAAAUCUCUAGUGAACAGGCGAACGGGUCUUGUCGUAUCUGAAAAGAAAGAGGACAGAACGAACAGGAAACAAUUUAUCUCUAAUUCGUCUUCUCGCUUUACUGUGGUCAAAAAGCCUCUUACAGGCAACAAGCAGCCCAUUCCAUGGAUCGAUGACAUUUUGAAUAGGUGGGAGAAUCCAGUGUUCGCUCCUGCUCAACCUUCAAUUCCUCAGGUAUUGAUGGAUGGGCUAGAUCUGGAGACACAAGAAAUUAUACAUGGCCGUCAUCAAGACUGUUCACAAGCUCAAAUCGAGAAGGCAUUUAAAGAAACUUCAACAGGACUCCCUGGGCGCAUCUCAAAAGAAGCUUUACGAGAUGCAGAGAUCAUCUCACAAGUAGAUAAAAAGUUUAUUCUAGCCAAUCUCCAAAGAAAUUCUACAGCUGAAGAAGACUCGAGUUCUCUUCUUGUGAUUAUCGAUCAGCACGCAGCGGACGAACGAAUUCGAAUAGAAACUCUUUUAUCUGAUUUUCUUGCAUCGCCCAUAGUCUCAACUGUUCCAGUCCCAGCAUCAGUAUUCACUACUCCACUUGAGAAAUCCCUUAACUUUGAUAUCUCAACAAAAGAAUCUCAGCUUUUCCAUACCUACAUGAAUCACUUUUUUUAUUGGGGAAUCAUUUAUUCAGUUUCGCCGACGGGUGCCACUAUCACCGUCCAAUAUCUUCCACCCUUGUUAACUGCCAGACUUGUCGCAAAUCCAAGCCUACUCCUUCACAUUCUCCGUACAGAGCUUUAUUCGUAUCACGAGAAUCCAACGUCGCAUCCUAGCGUCACUUCAGCAUCCACUUGGAUUGAGAGGAUAGCUCACAUCCCAAAGAGCAUCUUGGAGCUAUUGAAUAGUAGAGCUUGUAGGACUGCAAUUAUGUUUAAUGAUGAACUUGGUGUUGAUGAGUGUAGAGAGUUGAUCAGAAGGUUGGCAAACUGCAAGUUUCCUUUCAUGUGUGCACACGGGCGGGUGAGCAUGGUACCUCUUGGGGAGCUUGAGAUAAUGGCAAAAAUGAGAGGAGGUGGUGAUUGCUCACAUUCAGUACGGUUAGAUCAGGGAAACAAAACUGCGGGUAGUGACGGGGCAUUUGGUACUGAAUGGAGAAAAUGGAUGAGCCAGCGAAGAAAGAACUAG